CUCAAAUUCAUUAUUUCAAUAAAAUGGACUCAUCUUCUGCUGCUUUCACAUUAAUGAGGAAAGAAAAAACAGGAUUGGGAUGGAUAGAAUGGAUACAAGGAUGGUAUCGUUUGACAUAUGAAACACUAUUUCAAAAAAUCAAUGCUAGGAAUUUACAGGACCCUUUGCCUUUACCUCCUUUAAAUGGCCAAACUUGCAUUGUAACAGGAGCUACAAGUGGCAUUGGACUUGAAAUUGCUAGGCAAUUAGCAAAUUCAGGUGCACAUCUUGUCAUGGCUGUAAGAAACACAAAUCUUGCAUAUCAAAUCAUCCAAAAAUGGCAAAGAAAUGAACCCGACUCGAGGUCCCUAAGCAUCGAUGUUUUGGAACUCGAUCUCCUUUCUCUUGAAUCUGUCGUAAAAUUUGCACAAGAAUGGAACUCAAAAUCAAAACCCCUGCAUGGUCUAAUCAAUAAUGCUGGUAUUUAUUCCAUAGGACAACCUCAGAAAUUUUCUAAAGACGGGUACGAAACACAUUUACAAGUGAACCAUCUUGGCCCGGCAUUACUCUCUAUUUUGCUCUUGCCUUCACUAAAAAGAGGUGCUCCAAGUAGAAUUAUUAAUGUGAAUUCACUUCUGCAUACAGUUGGUUUUGUUGAUUCCCAAGAUAUGAAUUUUAUAACCAAGAAGAAUAAGUUUACGAGUCGAAAAGCUUAUUCAAAUAGUAAGCUGGCACAAAUUAUGUUUAGUAGUAUGCUUCAGAAAUACAUACCAACUGAUGCUGGAAUUUAUACGUUGUGCGUAGAGCCAGGAGCUGUACGGACAAAUGUAACGAGGGAUCUUCCGUGGAUUUUGAAUAUUCUUUAUCAGAAAAUGUUUUUUUUCAUGUUUGAUGCUCAACAAGGUUCAAGAAGUGCACUUUUUGCUGCUACUGAUGUUGAUAUCUUAAAAUAUUGUGAUAAGUUGAAGGCAGAAGAGCGGCCUGUUUGUGCCUUCAUUGGUUGCCAUUGUAAACCUACGAAUCCUAGUAAAGAAGCAUAUAAUGUGGGAAGUUGUCAACAAGUGUGGGAGAAGACAUUACAAAUGGUUGGUCUUUCUAUAGAUGCUGUUGACAUGAUUUUUCAAGGAAAAGAAAUUCAUUGCCGAUAUGAGACUAACAAAGAUCAGUAAGCAUAUAUAGCCAGAGGUUGAUUCAGGAUUUCAAGAGGAUGGGUGCACUAUUAUAAAAAGGUGGAUCUAGAAUUUAUAUUUGACGAGUUUAAUUUUAGUCUCUUAUCAUGAAUCCACUACACUUUUGAAAUUAUAGGUUCAAAAUUUUAUUCAUUUUAGUGAUAUAUAUAUAUAUAUAUAUAUAUAUAUAUAUAUAUAUAUAUACCGUGUCGAAAACAAGGCUGCUCAGAGUGGGAUUUGAAUUGCCAAUUUAACUUGCAGUGGUGCACUCAAUAAUAAUUGCACCAUAAGAGUCUAUGAGCAUGUGUUCACGCACAUAUAUUUAAGUAAUUUUGAAGAAAUAUAACAUUGUUAUACAUGGUUUAGGGAGAGGAGUACGGGUUCACGUGAACCCAUAUCCCUCAACUUGUAUACGCCUCUGCAUAUAGCUCCUGUUUAUACCCAAAAAAUAACUAUUUAUCCUAUUUGUACAGUAUAAUUUUCCGAAGAAGAUCCGCAGU